AGUAACUACUCUCCACUUGCGCUUAACACUAAUUAUUUGUAUGAACUUUUUAACGUUCCGGUUUUAAAAACCAAAAGUCAUUCCUUUUAUUCUUGUAUUUUUAUUCAUUCUUUUUAUAAUUUAUCGUUCUUUACCCUGAAACACACGGUGAUUCCUGUUCUUUCUUUUUUGUUGACCAAUUUUUGGAUGCUUCUUGUAAAGUCAGAUGAGGUAUGGACUUAAGCUCUCAUACUCAUAACAUUUCUUCUCGCAAUAUAUAUAACCGGUGGAGUCAUCGCCACCAAUCUUCAAUCUCGUCGAAUUCAUCUGUAUCUUCCACUGCAUCCAAGAAGUCAUUAUUGAAGCGGUUAUUUCCCGCUCAUUGGUUUCAUAAAAAAUCUUCUAUUCCGUCAUCAAGUUUAGAAUCUAUCGAUGAAGAUAAUUCGGUAGUCCGGUCGAAAACGGAUGCUGAUUCUGAAUCGACUCUAUUCCGCUCUCAGUCUGUUCUUGGAUUCAAUUCCUCGUUAAGGGGGCGAAAAACAAAGAAAAAAUCGAAAUUAAAAAGGUCCCCUCCUUACGGUCUUUCCACAGACGUUCGAGAUUUACACCCUACAUCCCAAAAAGAACCCGCUCGUCCUAGUACUUCUCUCUCCUUUUUUGAAGACGUAUCCUUUGGCCCUCCAUUCAGUGCCGACCUAAUACUUUCUAGUUUACCAUCUUCACCGCUAAAUAGCCCUCUUAUCAAAUCAGCGCCGGCGUCACCAUAUGUAAAUGAAUCCUCUAUAGAGGCAAAUCAAUGCGACUUUUAUGAUCAUUGUGAAGAAAACUUUCAAACUCCCGAUUCGAGUUUCGUUUUUGACGAUGCUCCGUCUGAUAAUCAAACAAACCCAAAAACUACUAAACGUCGGCUAGGUAACCCAUAUAUGGGAGUGGAUGACGAAAAUGCUCGUAGAUUUUCUACUCCUCUUCUUGGGAGCUUGCAUGAUAAAACUAACAUAGCUUUGAAUGAAUCUACGAGGUCUAUAGAUCUGAAAGAUGAAGCUGCUUCCGUUCAUUCCAUUAAUGUAAGUUCUUUGGAAAAUGGUACCUGUGAUCCAAAACUAGUUGCUAUGGACAUUUGGAAUGGUUCAGAGAAAAUUGUCUCUAAUGAAGAUGCCCUCUCCUAUCUAAUGCAAGACGAUAAUUAUCACAGAAGGGUUCUUGAGCAGUACAUAUCUCUUUACGAUUUUGAAAAUUCCGACAUUUUACAGUCUUUACGCAUUCUUUGUGGUAAUUUAUAUAUUAAAGGAGAAACGCAAAAAGUGGACCAUCUUUUGGAAAUUUUUUCAAGCCGAUGGUGCCAUACUAAUCCGAAAGAAGUUUUUUGUACAAAGGAUAUUGUUCAUUCUGUUGCCUUUUCAAUACUAUUAUUGAACACAGAUUUGCAUAUAGCAAACAUUGCUUCUUCUCAAAAAAUGACUCGCUCACAAUUCGUAUCUAAUACCCUUUCCGAUAUAUUACAAGCCCUUGAAGCUUCGUUUAAUUCUUUAGAAGAUAAAUAUCAAUUUUUGCUACGUUCCUAUGCUGCUGCGUCCAAUCCUAAUGAUGGCUCGGCAGCCAUUAGCUCUUUAUCGAAUAACUUGUCAAAUUUAAAAGGCGGUCUUACUAAAAGCCAUGAAAAGAAAAAUUCAAAAGUCAAGGAAAUCGAAGCUGCCUUUGUUGACCACUGGUCUUUGGUAUUGAAGGAGAUAUAUCACUCCAUCAAGGUGUCGUCUAUACUACAGCCCGAUCGGUAUUUGCAAGCAAAACCUAACUCUCAACAGCAGAUAGCUGACGACAUUUUUGCACAUGCAAAAAAUUUUUCAAUGUCUGAUAAUGUGUCCUUAAAGAGCAAUAAAAGUGCAUCUGAUGGUAGGCUUGAAGAUACUAUAACGCGGCCUUCUUCGUCCCUUCUAUUUGAAUGUAACAAUGAUGGUGUCUUAUUGUUUCAUAAUCGGUUUGAAAAAGCUAUGCGUCAUCAAUUUCCAGAGGCCAAGCGAUCCAAGUCCGCUAUGGGUUACUUUCAAGCAAGUUGCCCUUCACCUGAUCUUCCCAGUAUAGUUAUUACUCUAAGAAAUCAAGAACAUACACCUCCCUUUUAUCUUCCUCCUCACUGCAAGUAUGGCAUUUUAAGGUACUUGAUCCGAUACAGCGGGAAGCUGAAGAAAAAGGAUGUAUGGAUGAUUACCCUUUCUAUUCUCGAAAAAGAUAUUUUAUCUCUGUACAGUAUAGAAGGGGAGUUCAAGGAUCUACAAGACCUAGAUGUUUCUAAAAUCGGAAACCCCAUUUUAAAAACGUCAAUUAUGAGUUCAGUAGCACACCUGGUAAGUUUAGACAACACGGGUUUCAGAAGAACUCCCGCUCCUUCCUUUUAUUUGGAAACGCAUUCAGGAAAACGUUUACAAUUUGCCGCUACAAGGCUAGGAGAGGCCCAAGCUUGGAUAGAAGCACUAAACUAUUGGGCAGCUCGUACCUCUCGAAUUCCUUUGCUCGGAAGUGUAUCAAAUGUUGAUUAUGGAUGGUCACUAUGCACUGGGAAACAACAAAUGAAUGAUAAAGACAUAAAAUCUUCCAGCCAUGGAGAAAGAAAAUACCCUAAAUUAUCUUUAAAGGUUUGGGAGCCUGAGCCUAUCAGUGGAAUACCCAGUCAGUUAUCCCUUAUCAAACAACUAAAUUCAUUCAAAGGGUUUUCGAAAGUUUUGUCUGAGGCCUCAAAAAAGCAUGAAGCUAUUCAUUUAGAGAUGUUGGUUAUUUUGUCCUCACAAAAUAAAAAUACGUUCCGUCGUGGAGUCGAGAACUGGAAGGCUCGCUCUUUAUAUCUAAAAUCAACCAUUUUCAAAGUCAAGGUCUAUAUUUCUGUACUUAAAAAGUAUAGAAAACUCGCUGAAGAUUAGCCUUGCAACGAUUAAGUGGUUGAUUCUUUUGAGAAUUCAUACAAAACUCUGGAUCAUUUGGUCCCCCAUUUGCCUUUAACUUAAAAGCUUUCAUUUCCGUGGAACGGACACUAAAAAUGUGAACUUAAUUGGACAAGUUAUUGAAUAAAGCCGGAUUGCUUGCAUUAGAAAAACGUUUCAUGAAAUAAUCAGAAUUUUAAGAUUAGAGAAUGCAAACCGCUCAUUCAUAUCCUAAUUAUCUGGCGGUUGCUAAUAUUUAAUACUGAGAAUUUAUCACAUAGGUAUACUAAUCAAGCUUCUCAUUCCAUCAAACUCUUUAAUAAAAAUUUUUGACUUUCAUUACAAUGAUUGACAGACAUGUAUAUAAUAACAUUGCCUAAUAUUGCGUGAAGGAAUCAUGAAGUAUAAAAGCUUUGAAUUUUUCAUGAGAAAAACUUAAGACAUAAAUCAAGCUACAAAAAAGAUGAACAUAAUUAUAAGCAAAUAAGGAAGUUCCAAACGAAGAGAAAGGAUAAUAAAGAAAGGAAACAUCACUUUUAGGCUUAUGUUGCACGAUUAGGAUCGUCCUCCAUAUCUGUGUCUUCGGAUUCUUGAGCUUGCAAUUCCAAAUCAUCUUCAGCAGAGUUCAAAUGACCGUAACGUUGGAAAUGAAUUUUUUCAAGGCGUCGCUUAUGAUACAUGAUAUUAAUCAUAAGAGAGAGGAAGCAACCUAGCAGAUUGGCCUAUACAAUCAGCAAAGUUAACUUUUUUAUAAUACUGGCAUAGGAAAGAGUACUUACCAAAAUAUCAAAGACAUCAAAGGUUCGUAACUAUUUAUAGCGUGAAAAGCCAUAUGUUAGAAACAGUUCUAAUAAAGCAAUUUAACACCCGUUCGUUUUUUUGACAAAAGGGAAUGGAGGACUUUUAUAAUCUUUUAAUGAGAACUUACAGUAAGAAACGCUUGGAC